CAGUGAAUCUUGAAGUGCCAGAGAGGUGUUACAAGUGAUAAACUAUGUAUUAUGUGUUAUGUUAAAUGACUGAAACAUCCCUGUCUUCUCAGUCCUUCCCUAUGUCGGUCCUCAAUAAUACCAAUGCUCAGCCUCUGAUCUUCUUCCUGAUGGGCAUUCCAGGCCUGAAAGCCACCCAGUACUGGAUCUCCAUCCCUUUUUGUCUCCUAUAUGUUGUUGCCAUCUGUGGAAAUAGCAUGAUCCUGUUUGUGGUCCUCUGUGAACGGAGCCUCCAUAAGCCUAUGUACUAUUUCCUCUCUAUGCUUUCAGCCACAGACCUGAGCUUGUCCCUGUGUACACUUUCUACUACCCUUGGUGUCUUCUGGUUUGAAGCCCGAGAAAUCAACCUAAAUGCCUGCAUUGCCCAGAUGUUCUUUCUACACGGAUUUACUUUCAUGGAGUCUGGGGUUCUACUGGCCAUGGCCUUUGAUCAUUUUGUGGCCAUCUGUUACCCACUGAGAUACACUACCAUCCUUACCAAUGCCCGAAUUGCCAAGAUUGGGAUGAGCAUGUUGAUAAGAAAUGUUGCCGUCAUGUUGCCAGUCAUGCUCUUUGUCAAGAGGUUGUCCUUCUGCAGUUCUAUGGUCCUUUCACAUUCUUACUGCUACCAUGUUGAUCUCAUCCAACUCUCCUGCACAGACAAUAGGAUCAACAGCAUCCUUGGUCUGUUUGCGCUUUUGUCCACCACAGGGUUUGACUGCCCUUGCAUCCUGCUCUCCUAUAUCCUGAUCAUUCGAUCUGUCCUCAGCAUUGCUUCCUCAGAAGAGAGGCGGAAAGCCUUCAACACCUGCACAUCCCACAUCAGUGCUGUUGCCAUCUUCUACAUCCCUCUCAUUAGUUUGUCUCUUGUCCAUCGCUAUGGCCAUUCAGCACCUCCAUUUGUCCACAUCAUCAUGGCCAAUGUCUUUCUGCUAAUCCCUCCUGUGCUCAACCCUAUUAUUUACAGUGUAAAGACUAAGCAGAUUCAAAAGGCCAUUAUCAAGGUCUUAAUUCAGAAGCACUCCAAAUCUAAUCAUCAGCUAUUUCUGAUUAGAGAUAAAGCCAUUUAUGAAUAAGUGCUUUGCUACAAUGGAGUAAUUGUCCCAAAGUGCCCACAC